UUUCACUCUGCCAGUGCCCAGGUCCAUUGCAGGGUAAGAGGCGCGCUGGAAGCACCCUGGGCAGGGACCGUGGGUACCGGGUCCACACCUCCCUCCCCCGCAAUAAACAAUAACGACCGGUCUGGAGAGUCCAGCGCCUGCCAGGUGUGGGCCUCCUCCGCUCGGGCCCUACACGCCUGACGCCCACCUAGGCAGGUGGCAAACUCAGAGAGGUUGGGGAGCUCGCCCCAGGACCCAGGCGGUAGGAGGCUUCCAGCCCAGCCAGCCUAGCCCCCCGCGGCCUCGGUCGUGGGGAGCAGGCCCUCGCGCGGCGCCCGCGGUGGGAGCAGGCGGCCGGCAGCCCAGGCCCCGGAGGGCGCCUCGGGACAGUUUCCCGUCACCACGGGCGAGGCGGGGCGGAGCUUGGUCGCGGUCCAGCACUUCCGGGGCGGCCUUGCGGACCGAGGUGCUUCGCGGGAACGCUGAGGGUCCCUGGGGACGGCGGAACUGGGAGCCCCUCGGGGCCGCGCGGUCGGGACUAGGGCCAGGUCCGGAGGCGGAGGCCAGCGCUCGAGGACGCGGGGGGCGGGGCGGAGCCGCCGCCUGGGAGUCCACCGGAGCAACCUGAGCUGCCAGCCGAGGAAGCCGUCGCCUACUGCUGUCCCGGUCCGGCGCGCCGCCAUGGGCCGGGGGAUCCGGGGCGCGCUGCCGCCUGGGCCGCCACCGCUGUAUCUGCUGUUGUUGCUGCUGCUGCACCUCCUGCUGCCGCUGCCUGCAGCGCGCACGUACAGCCCCCGGAUCAGCCUGCCGCUGGGCUCUGAGAAGCGGCCAGUCCUGCGGUUUGAAGCUGAGAACAUUUCCAACUACACGGCCCUUCUGCUGAGCCAGGAUGGGAAGACGCUGUACGUGGGCGCCCGAGAGGCCCUCUUCGCCCUCAGUAGUGGCCUCAGCUUCCUUCCUGGUGGAGAGUACCAGCAGCUGCUGUGGAAGGCGGAUGCAGACAGGAAACAGCAGUGCAGCUUCAAAGGCAAGGACCCCCAGCGUGACUGCCAAAACUACAUCAAGAUCCUCCUGCCACUCAACAGCAGCCACUUGUUCACCUGUGGCACAGCUGCUUUCAGCCCUGUGUGUACCUACAUUAACUUGGAGAAUUUCACUCUGGCACAGGACCAGGCAGGAAGUGUCCUCCUGGAAGAUGGCAAGGGCCGCUGUCCCUUCGACCCCAACUUCAAGUCCACAGCCCUGGUGGUUGACGGCGAGCUCUACACCGGAACAGUCAGCAGCUUCCAGGGGAAUGACCCAGCCAUCUCCCGGAGCCAGAGCCAGCGCCCCACAAAGACGGAGAGCUCCCUCAACUGGCUGCAAGACCCAGCCUUUGUGUCCUCAGCCUAUAUCCCCGAGAGCCUGGGCAGCCUGCAAGGCGACGACGACAAGAUCUACUUCUUCUUCAGUGAGACUGGCCAGAAGUUCGAGUUCAUCGAGAAUACCAUAGUGUCCCGCAUCGCCCGAGUCUGCAAGGGCGACGAGGGUGGCGAGCGGGUGCUGCAGCAGCGCUGGACGUCCUUCCUGAAGGCACAGCUGCUGUGCUCACGGCCCGACGACGGCUUCCCAUUCAACGUGCUGCAGGAUGUGUUCACUCUGAGCCUCAGCCCCGAUGAUUGGCCCCAGACCGUCUUCUAUGGGGUCUUCACUUCCCAGUGGCACAGAGGCACCACGGAGGGCUCUGCCGUGUGUGUCUUCACCAUGGAGGACGUGCAGAAUGCCUUCAAUGGCCUCUACAAGGAGGUGAAUCGGGAUACCCAACAGUGGUACACCGUGACUCACUCCGUGCCUUCGCCCCGGCCUGGAGCGUGUAUCACCAACAGUGCCCGCGAGAGGAACAUCAACUCAUCCCUGCAGCUCCCAGACCGUGUGCUCAACUUCCUCAAGGACCAUUUUCUGAUGGAUGGGAAGGUGCGCAGCCAACUGCUGCUGCUGCAGCCUGAGGCCCGCUACCAGCGGGUGGCCAUCCACCAUGUGUCUGGCCUGAACCGUACCUACGACGUCCUCUUCCUGGGAACCAGUGAUGGGCGGCUGCACAAGGCAGUGCGAGUGGGUGCACAGGUGCAUGUCAUUGAGGAGCUACAGGUCUUUGAGCCAGGACAGCCUGUGCAGACCCUGCUCCUGGACACGCAUGGGGGACUGUUGUACGCGGCUUCGUACUCAGGCGUGGUCCAGGUGCCCGUGGCCAACUGCAGCCUCUACCAGAGCUGUGGGGACUGCCUCCUCGCCCGGGACCCCUACUGCGCCUGGAACGGCUCCAGCUGUAACCCCAUCAGUCUCUACAAGCCAGAACUGGACUCCAGGUCCUGGAUCCAGGAUGUAGAGGGGGCCAACGCCAAGGUCUGCAACACAGCCAUGCCCCGCUCUUCACCAAAAGCAGGCAAGAAGCCCUGUGAGAGUGUCCAGUUCCAGCCCAACACGGUCAGCACCUUGGCCUGUCCACUCCUCUCCAACCUGGCUACGCGACUUUGGCUGCACGAUGGUGUCCCCGUCAACUCUUCAGCCUCCUGCCGCGUGCUGGCCACAGGGGAUCUGCUGCUGGUGGGCAGCCGGCAGGCAGUGGGGCACUUUGAGUGCUGGUCAGUGGAACGGGGCUUCCAGCAGCUGGUGGCCAGCUACUGCCCAAAGGUGGAAGACGAAGCUGGCGAGCACACGGAACAGAGUGGCAGCGUGCCUGUGGUCAUCAACACGUCCCGUGUGAGUGCCCCCGCGGCUGGCAAGGCCAGCUGGGGUACCAACAAGUCCUACUGGAAUGAGUUCCUGGUGAUGUGCGUGCUCUUUGUGCUGGUAGUGAUCCUCCUCAUCCUCCUCUUCCUCUACCGGCACCGAGAUGGAAUGAAGGCCUUCCUGAAGCAGGGCGAGUGUGCCAGUGUCCACCCCAAAGCCCACACCGGGGCCUUGCCCCCUGAAACACGGCCACUCAACGGUGUUGGCCCACCCAGCCUGCCCCAGGACCACCGCGGCUACCAGGCCCUAUCUGACAGCUUCUCGGGGCCCCGGGUCUUCACGGAGUCUGAGAAGAGGCCACUCAGCUUUCAGGACAGCUUCGUGGAGGUGUCGCCCGUGUGUCCCCGUCCGCGGGUCCGCCUGGGCUCAGAGAUCCGGGACUCCGUGGUGUGACAGCUGACUUCUGGAGGAAGUCCCCCUGGCUUUGGGGGCGACCUGACCCUGCAGCACGCCUGGGCCCACAUGCCCAGCACUUGGAGCAUUGGAGCAAGCUGGCUGCUGGCCCUGCCACACAGAGAGGCGUGCCAAGGUUUCUGGCCGCAGAGGGGAUCUGCCCAGGUGGCAGAACAGCACUCCGUGUGAACUGAGCCCUUUGUUUAAACAGAAUCGAAAAUGUGAAAUCAGGGAGAGACACGGACAGCCAUGCCCACAGCUGGGCUGCUUCCCAGCCUUCCAGAGGCAGCAGGAACUGUUCAAAAUGACUGUUGGGGACCGAGCUGGUGACCCUUCGCCUUAGCCUGCUGCCCCAACUUGCUGUGCCACCACAGCUCCAGGGCUGGCUCCACCAGCCGGCCGAGGACGCGUUCCUGGCCACCAGCAUCUCACCUCAGGAAGCAGAGGCCUGGACCAGAACCACAGCUCUGCCCCCC